AUGCCUCGCCCACUCGCACAAUCGACACUCACGUCGUUUGUGAAAGUGACUAGCAAGAGGGAUGCCCCCGAUGACGAGCCCUCAAGCUCUGUCCCAACAAGGCCUUCUCGAAGGCGUCGUCCAGUGGUCUUUGACUCGGACGAUGACUUGGAUGAAGGUGCUUUCCCGUCGCCCACUGGUGCAGCAUCGACUGCCCGUGGGAGGGAGUAUGCUACGGCCUCUACUCCAAAUGCUGUGGCUUCUGCUACGGAUAUGCGAUCCCCUCACCGGGCUCUCGCUGCAUCUGAUGCCCCUGAAAGCGAAAUGCUGAUGGGUGACGAGGAUGAAGUCAUCGCGGAGGUUGUUGCAGCAAUGGAUGCAGCACCCGAAGCAGACGAGGAGAUGGACGAGGAAGAUGAAUACUUCCCCGGCCCGGAUCCUAAUAUCGCGGAGGAGGACGUGGAUGCUAUAUGCAACCAUGACCUCUCUUCAGAUUUCGAACUCGACGACGUCGAGGUCAACCCGGACUUUGCGCGUAAACUACGCAUCGUCUUGGAUGGCUUUUGCGAGUGGAGUAAGAGCAUAAGUCAUUCCGACUUCGUUGCGACGUCCGAACAAGACCGUCCAUUCACCCUCGGGGUUUGGAAGCUCCUGCAGGAUGUUAGCGUGGAAUUCUUGCUUGGUCUAUACUUGCAAGCUGUUCCGAUUGAAGUUCAAGAGCUCUUCCUCAAGAAGGAAUGGUGUCUUGAGGACUUACUUUCACUUCCCAAAGUGAAUGAGGGUGACAAGCAUGAUCAGGGACUGUAUGGGAAUUUCCCAACUGGUAACCUGGCUUUUGCUUCGAAAAUUGGGUGUGAGGCUUACGUUGGGUCCACUGGUGAGCUCUUGAAGCGAAUCAUUGUGCACCUGGAAAUCGCAAGACGACAUUCUGCCAACGCUUUGCCCGAGCAUUAUCGGGGCAGUCUACAUUACAAGACUACGUGUCGUGCUGAUGUCGACUGUAAUUUCCGAAAACUUGCUGGGUUCAAGCGAGAUAUCCCACAAGGAUACCUUGUGGUUUUGGAGAGCGCCUUUAUGGUGUUUUUCGGAACUUACAAUGACCCUGGCUAUUAUUCCAAAUGGGCCACACAGUCUUCAUACAAGUUAGCUAGGGAUGUCAGAGCACGUCUCGACGUUCCAGCCAUCACAUGGAGGGGACUGAAUGGAGCGAUACCCUUACGUCAGGGUUUCGUUGCUCGUGGAUCCAAGCUACCAUCAGAAUGCCGCAACCCAGAGUGCAAACUGAUGACCUAUCCGCGCUCGGCUAUGCCGGAUGGACCUAAGCACCCUCGCGUGCUUGCUGAUAUCAAGAACCCUUUGGGUGGCGGAUACUUUUGCAGGCGCUGCGACAGCUACCGAGAACGCCGUGGAGUGUUGCCCGACAACGCUUCACUGGUCAAGCUCACUACUCAGUACAACCUCGAGGUUGGCAAGAGUAACCUGCGUCAAGCCGGCCAACCCGUCAUCUGCUAUAACUGUAGAAGCGUGGAAGCCGCGAGUGGCGCUGCAAAUAGUGCCAGGGGCUACGGGACUAGACACAUUGCUUCAAAUGGUCAUGUUCGUUGUAGUGCUUGUGACGCAUAUCUGCGCAAGUUUGGUCGUGAGCGCGAUCCAGCUUGCGAAACGGCGAGAGCCUUUCGUGAGCAGAUCAAAGCCCAUCGCAAUGCUGGCCAACCGGUUCGCUGCGCGCAUUGUCGCAAAGUUGAGCCGAGCGGUCUUGCAAAGCCUUGGAGAUGCACCAAGCUAGCCCACUUGGUUUGCAACUGGUGCUACGAUCAUGGCCACAGAUGA